AACUUCGAUAUGCCUUUAUCUACUGAUGAUACAUUAAAUGAUAAUGAACUAGAGAAUGCUGAUUAUAUGUUAAAUAAUUGUGAAUUGGAAGAUACUGAUGAUAUGUUAAAUGAUUGUGAAUCAGAAGAUGCUGAUGAUAUUUUAAAUAAUCGUGAACCAGGAGAUGCUGAUGAUAUGUUAAACAAUAGUAAACCAGAAGUUACUGAUGAUCUGUUGAAUUCUUUAGAACUGAUGACUGGACUUACCUUUCAAAUAUGA